AUGUGUCCCUCCCACCGAUUUACGGAAUCUACGAUGACGAGAAAGAUCAAUCACCUACACUGGCAAACACCUACACUGCUGCUCUGCUCUUUUCUGGUGGGUGUUACGCUCGCCAUUGGUCAUCAUUGCUUCUACCAGUCUCUCCACGGCAAAGAGGUAUCUGCUGGAUCGAUAAGCAUCAUCGGAGUACAAGCGACACAGCGGCAACUGGUCUCGGUGGCUGGCGUAAGCAUUGCCUUUGUGUUCAAGGCAAGCCUCGUCUUGUGUGCUUCUGUUGCAUACAUUCAGCUAUUCUUCCGAGCCAAUCGCACUCGGGCUUUUACGAUCGAGACCUUGGAUCACUGGUAUGCCGCCCUGGAGGAUGUACGAUCCUUGUUCUGCAUUUCGACAUACUACAGGUAUCCACUGUUGACAUUGGUAGCCUUGACAGCAUGGCUGCUUCCGAUAGCAGCUGUAUUCGCCCCAGCAGCUAUCUCGGUGACGUUCGAUCAGAUUCAUCCAUCUAUGACAAGGCCACUGCCUGUGCCUCGCCCAGCGUUUGACAGUCUGGCUUUCGGCAGCUACGUUACGAAUGAAUGGACCAAGCUCUCGAAUGCGACAAGUAUCGUUCUCAAAGGACCAAGUGCCGAGGUCUCUCGAAUCGCGAGUGCGGUGGCUGCAGGAGGCAAUGUUCUGCCUAUCGCACCUCCUGCGAGUAAUACGUCUUGGCAGGUGACUUUCGAGGCACCAAGACUGCGGCGUGAGGAUAUGGAUCUCAAUCUACGUGCAGCAAUACGACAGAACGUGUUGCAAGCUCUUCAAGAGUCCACGGCCAACACUAAAUUAUAUCCUGCGUACGACGGCAGCAUUGGACCAGUCUUGUCUCAGUACAUGCCAGCGUAUCUGUCUUGGACGAACGCAUCUCAACAUGAUACCGAGGUACCUUCCGUCAAAACCAGUAACAAAUGGGAACUCAUAGCCCAGCGCUAUCUAUACGAUGCUGAGCUCAGCACCAACCUGUACGUCGGCAUCUUCCCUCGCGCAUUGAACAGUUCCUCACUCGGUCCGGACAUCUUUCACGGCAAACUUCUCGACCAUAACGAGGCUCGUGCUGAACGCCGUAAUCAACGACGAACAGGCGCGCGAAACAAUACCGGGUAA